AUGACAAUGAAGAGUGAAUCUAUUAUUUCACUUUUUUCAGAAUAUUUACUACGUGAACAUCGAAGUGAUAUUUGUAAACUUUCGUUACUAUUACCAUCUGAACCACAUCAGUCAAUUAUUGUACAUUUUAAUAAUUUAUGCGAAUUUAACAGUAUCUUUUCAGAAUUAAUUCUAUCCAAACCUGAAGAAACAUUGAAUUUAUUAAACAAGAGUGUUUACCAAGUCAUACAAUCCAACAAAGUAGAUAAUCCUAAACAAUUACUUGAUAAUAUACAACAAAAUAUACAUAUUCGUUUAACAGCAUUACCUAUCAUACCGGAAGUAUAUAAAAAUCAUAUACCAACAUCAAUAGAUACUGGAAAAUUUAUUGCACUUAGAGCUAUUGUAAGUCGUGUCGGUCCUGUACAAGUGAUACAAAGUAAAGUACAGUAUUAUUGCAUAAAAUGUGGUUAUACAUUUAGUGUAUAUGCUAAUUUUGAAAAUUUCUAUGCUAUUAAACCACCACGUUAUUGUCCAAAUCGUCAGCAAUCUUGUAAUUCUAUGAAUUUAAAAUGUGUGUCGUCAAACUCACAAUUUUAUGCAAAAAACUAUCAAGAAAUUCGUGUACAUGAACAGUUUGAUUGUCUUACAGUCGGUGUUAUGCGACGUUCUAUGUGUGUUUGUAUUGAAGAUGAUUUAUUAGAAUGUGUUAAACCCGGGGAUGAAGUAGUUAUUAAUGGAGUUGUAACACGUAGAUGGCGAUGUACUAAAGAAGGCAGUCCAUGUGAAAUUUUUACAUAUCUUAAAGCAAAUUAUAUUGAAAAUCUAACCGAACUUAAAGCUGGUGGUGGACCUAGUCAUAUUUCACAUGAACGAGCAUUAGAAUUCGAAGUAUUUUGGAAUAAAUAUACAAUUUUAGUUCAGCUUUAG